AGAGCAAACGAGACGGAGCACCUCGCCUCACGUGUCCUCCUCUCCCCCAAAUCCACUCCGCUCUCCGCCACGCGCCGCUCCCCUCCCCCCUCCUCCUGCCCGCCUCACUCCUCUCGCGGUCUCGCCCCCGCCUCCGACGCCGCCUCGACCUCCGCAGAGCCACUCGCUCCCGAUCCCAGCGACCAGCGCCCGGAAGAGGAAGAGGACGAGGACGGGCCCGCCCAUGCUGACCUCCUCGCCCGGCCCCUAGGCUCUCGACAGCGCCACAAGGACGCGCGCGUGUCGCGGAGAGAUGGGGUACCUGCCGUCGCUGGGCGGCAAGGCGGCGCACCUCGUCUCCGACCUCGCCACCGUCAUCCUCAACCCCGUCUCCGGCCACGAGCGGGAGCGCUCCUCCCACCUCCCCGAGGCCACUGAAGGGCAGGAAAAUCUUUAUGGUGAUGAAGAACCUGAAAUCCCUAAUGGCCCCGACACAUCUUCGUUUCGAGCAUUUCUGAUGUCAUUUAUGUCUGCAUCAAGUUCUAGCAAUGAUUCAAUGGAGAUCAUACCUGAGCAGGAUCUGGAUAUGGAAUACCCAACUUUAACACCUGUUGGGAGGGGUAUCAAGGAAAGGAAGGGGUUGCUUAGUAGAGGCAAGCAUUCCAUUGGAAAGAUUAUUAACAAGGCAGGUAGACUUGGUGGUUUCAGACAAAAAUCCGGCCACAUCGUUAAUAAUGAAAUAGCAAAUCAAAUAGAGUCAAUGUCGUCCGGUUUCGCUCUGAAGGUAUCAAGGGGGUCUGCUUCAAAUCAUAAGUUGCCACCUAUGUCUGAACCAUCAAUGCUUUUAUCAGAAAUGAUGCGAAAUGUUCUUUAUCCAUCUCUUCCUGUUCUUGUUCAAGGAAAGAACUGGAUGCUGGUUUACAGUACCUGGAGGCACGGGGUAUCUCUAUGUACUCUGUACAGAAGGAGCAUGCUUUGCUCUGGUGAUUCACUUCUGAUAAUUGGGGAUAAAAAGGGAGCAGUUUUUGGUGGUUUGGUAGAGGCCCCUCUGCGGCCGAUCAUGCAAAGGAAGUAUCAGGGGACCAAGAAUUGCUUCGUGUUCACCAAUGUAGCUGGUCGCCCUGUUGUAUAUCGUCAAACAGGUGCUAAUAACUAUUUCACGUUUUGCUCCCCUGAGUAUUUGGCAAUGGGAGGUGGUGGUCACUUUGCACUUUAUCUUGGUGAAGACCUCCUGAAUGGUUCAAGUUCCACCUCAGAAACGUUUAACAACCCAUGCCUGUCACUUUCCCAGGACUUUGAAGUUAAACAUGUUGAGCUGUGGGGCUUCGUCAAUGCUUCCAAGUAUGAUGAGAUGCUCACCGUCUGCCGCACGGAGAAACCUGGAAUUUGGAAUUUGUGACUGUUCACAACUUUUCGGAACCGUUGAGACUUGAUGCCAGGUGUUAUUCUGAUGGCUUGUACAGUUUUGUAAGUAUAUAGGCCUCGUUAGAGUCUCACUGGAAGUCGUAAAGUAAAAGGUAUGUAGGAAAACUAGUUCGCUUGUGGAUCUAUGGAGGUGAAACAAGAGCGCAACUUCCUGAUCGUGCUUGUAAAUAUAGUAGUGUACUUGAAUUCUAAGCAUUUAGAUAUGUACCAGUAUACAUUCCCCAUGUUCCGCUUAUCUUACCAAUAAUGCAUUUGAAUUGCCGUGCCAAUA